AUGUUCAACAUUCUUACGCUCGGGGCAUUAGUGACUCUUUCUGGGGUUGUCGGUGCUGAGGAGAAGAGGAUCGGAGGUGUGUUAGCGGGUGCACCAGUCAACAAUAUAACAGUCUCAGCAGAUAAUGUCAUUCAAUGUUCUCAAGCUACCAUAUCCUGGACCGGUACAAGUAAUUCUCCUUAUACAUUAUCAAUAGGUCAAGGAGGAUAUUACGUUGGACUCACCACCCUUGAAACUCACGAGGGAUUAACCGACUCAUCCUUCGCAUGGACCGUCACUCAACCUUCAGGUCAAGAUCUGAUAUUCGAAGUUCAAGAUUCGGCGGGUCAGAGAAAUUAUAUUCAGAAUGUAAAAGUCGGAGAGAGCGAUGAUUCUUCUUGUCUAUCUUCCAAUACCUCAUCAUCAUCUGUGGCUUCUUCCACGAGCAGUGGUGCGAGUCAGACGCAGGUUGCUCAGAGCGCUAGUGUCGUUGAGAGUAGUACUACCUCUUCUUCAACCUCUUCCGAAACUCAGGCUAAGGCUCAAGCUACAUCCACUUCAACUUCAAAAUCUAAAUCCCAUUCAUCUCAAUCUUCCUCUUCAUCCAGCUCGAAGUCCAACACAGUCCCAACACCCUCUACGACAAUCUCUCUAUCUACGUCCUCGUCCGCUUCCGCUGCUACCACAUCGAACUCAGCAUCUUCAUCUUCUUCAGGAGUCAGUAACGCCCCCUUAGCUGCUGCUUCCGAAGGAGCUAGUUCUUCAUCGACUCUUCGAGCCAUAUACCCAGGAGCAGCGUGGAUUUUUGGAUUAGCUAUACUGGGAGGCUGGUUGAUUUAG